UCCUGAAUAAAUAAUUGACUGAGCAACGGAAACUUUUUAACCUUUGACCAUUAUGCAAAUAAGCCAGUCAAAACAUGGCCGACGCUCACUUGUUUUUCACGUCCAAAGACUUUAGUUUUAGUUUUAAACGAGUUUAAAGGGUUUUCAUCCUUUUUCGCAUUAUUUUUGUAUAUUUAUGAAUCAUCAUGGCAUCAAAAUUAGUAUUUGUUCUCUUCUCUUUGCUACUAGUCGCUGUCAGUGUGCUUAAAACAAAUGCAAGUUUACACCAUGUGCUGACAUACUGGGAAACGAUUCACAAAGAUGAUGUCAAGCAUCAUGUCGUUAGGAGAAGUGUGGAAGAAGGUGGAAAUCAUGAGAGGAAAGUGUCCUUGUCAGUGAUGGGAAGGCAAUUUGACAUGCGUCUUGCCCCGCAGACCAACCUAUUCUCUCAUGACUUCAAAGCCUUUGUGGUUGACAGCCAGGGAAAUAAGAGAGAAUCCCCUGUUGACACCGAGAGUUUCUACACAGGAUAUCUGGAAGAUGAACCAGAGACUGUAGUGAAAGCUCACGUAGAUGAGGGAUUGCUCACCGCAAAAAUCUAUGCAAAGAAAGAGCACUAUAAUAUAGAGCCAUCAUGGAGACACAUCAGAGAGCCGCAUGACUUUCACAUGAUCGCCUACCGUAGCUCUGAUGUGAAACGCAAUGAAACGUCUUCAUUUUGUCCCUACGAUCACCACCUACCAAAGGGAGUGAAGUAUGAAAAGACAGCUGAACAAAUGCCGAGGAAAACAGGCACAAGCCAAUAUACAUCUAGUCGCACGAAGAGAACGCCGCCACGGUAUAACACCUGUCCAUUACUGCUCACUGCUGACUACCAUUUCCACGAGGUGAUGGGACAGAGUAACACACCUCAGACUAUUAGCUACUUGAUUAGCCUGAUAGACCGAGUGGACCCAAUCUAUCGGGACACCGAGUGGGAGCCAGGCUAUUAUGGUUUUGGAUUCGAAGUCAAGGAGAUUACAGUCCACGAUGCCCCUACUCAGAACGGACCGGACCAUUACAACAGCUACAGACCCCCAGGCCAAGCAUGGGACGUACAGAAACUGCUGGAGUCCUACAGCCGGGAAGACCAUAGCGCCUACUGCUUAGCUCAUCUCUUCACCUACCAGGACUUUGAAAGUGGAGUGCUUGGUCUGGCCUAUAUUGGUACCCCAAGGAGCAAUGCUGUUGGUGGCAUCUGCACCACAGUCUACCACACAGACGGUAGGCAGUACCUCAACACUGGGCUGACGACAACAGUCAACUGGGGUCGUAACGUCCUGACGGAUGAGGCAGAUCUUGUGACUGCCCAUGAGUUGGGCCACAAUUUCGGCAGUGAACAUGACCCCGGCACAGAAGGGAGUGCCUGCUCACCUGGUAGCCGGCAAAGCGGUGGUAACUACCUGAUGUUUCCGGCUUCUGUUAGUGGCCGGGACCCCAACAACAGGAAAUUCUCCAAUUGCAGUCUACGUCUCAUUGCCCCAGUGCUCCGGGCUAAGUCUCCAAGAUGUUUCCAAGAACCCAAAGGUGAUGCAGUGUGUGGGAAUUAUCGUGUGGACCCCCCUGAGGAAUGCGAUGUGGGUCAUUUGGGCAAUAACAACAUGGACAAAUGCUGUGGGUCCAACUGCCGACUGAAGAAAGGCGCUCGCUGCAGUGACAGAAACGCAGCCUGCUGCCUUGAUUGCCAGUUUGCAGGCCCCAAUGUAGAGUGUCGCAAGGCGGCAAAGAUUGACAAGGAUUGCCGGCAGAGCGCCAACUGUACAGGCCAGAGUGCGCUCUGCCCAGCGUCGCUGCCUAAACCAGAGAAGGCUGAAUGUGUGGACGGUGGUGAAUGCCAGGAUGGGCAUUGUGUGCCGUUCUGUGAAAAGCAUGAUCAAAUAUCCUGCAUAUGUCCCGGCAUCGUUGAGUCCUGCUACCGAUGUUGCCAGCAGACAGCGUCAGCACCGUGUGUACCUCAAAUCAACAAGACGACGCAGGCCUACAUCUUCCAGGCAGAUGGUAGACCCUGUGAAGAAGGGGUUUGCAUAAAUGGCGUUUGUGAGAGCCAGACUCAAGACUUUAUUGAGCGGCUGUUUGAUGUCUUUGAAGGUAUCACCAUCAGUGCCAUAGGGCGCAUCAUCAAGGAUAACGUUGUCGCGGCAACCAUCAUCAUCUCCCUCUUUAUUUGGAUUCCAUGCAGCUGCCUCGUGCAUUACAUUGAUGGUAAGAGAGCUACCGAAGUAAAGACGGCUGAUGAGUGGUUCAGCCCAACAAAUCAGGAACGCUAUCUUCCCGAGGACCGCACCCGUGUUUACAGUGCGCUUUAUGAAAAUUUUGAUGAAAAAGCAGACACAGAGCACCUCCUUCAUUGGUGGGACUCCCAAGAACCUGGAGGUGAGGAAGCAGAAGCUUCUCUUUGACGGACUGUCGCCGUGGUAACCACAUCCAGCAGGCAGUACCAUGGAAACGGGAUUAGACUUUUACUUCUUUAUCAUUCAUCUUGAGUGUUGGAAACGAUACAGAAUAAACAGUUGAAGUGGAUUUGCUUUGAGAACCGCUUUAAUUCUCUGUAGUUUGUGCAUUAUGCAGAAAAUUCUGGUUUUAAUUUGUGAUGUAAUUUGAACAUCUUUGUCAACAGAAAGUUACAUCUCUGCUUUAUCAUAUUGUUUCAAGUAAACAUGACAAAAUGUUUUGCUUCAGUAGUUGAUUUUUUAACUCUUGAACGUUAACCAUUUUUUCUUGGUACUUGUCAUGCACAAAAUGCGUAUCAGUGUUGUGAAAAUGUUUGAAUUUUGUCUGCACUUUGCAAGUGAGUUAUGUGGAUCAAUCUAAAGAGGGUAGGUGUGGAUGCAUGUCUUAUCUGAAUGCUCGUAUAGUAGUUGACCAUGGAUUAACAUGCCUUUUGAAUAAAAUAUCCAACCCUUUCUUGCAGUUGUUCGUCUUGAGCAAUAAUCUGUCAUUGCGAACAAUUGAACAGCGCCCUCACCAGACAUUGCACAGUUCCAAGAUGGCGGCGCACAUGAGCGGUUGCUUUGAAUUUUGCCCCCAAAUAUUUGCGCCCUAUCUCUGCUUUGGUUAGCUGCAGUUUUUUGUUGAUUGCUACGCUGCAGGUAGUUGCUGAGCCCUGCUUGUUCCUGGCGGAUUACAUCAUGUCCAUAUUGCCUGGCACACCUCAGCUGUCUUCUUCAUUGGUGGGACUUCCAACAACCUGGAGGAUGAGGAGGCAGAAGCUGUUCGUCAACAGCCUGUCGCCAUGGCAACAACAUCCAGCAGGCAUCACUGUGGAAAUGGGAUUAGACUUUGCUUCACUGUCAUCCAUUUUAAAUGUAUGAAAAAGCAGCAGCUGAGGCAAAUAUUCUUCAGUUCUGUGGUUUGCACAUUGUUCUAGAGCAUUUGGUUUAAUUGUGAUGUAAUUUUAACAUCUUUUCAUUACAAAAGCAGCUCUGCUUUGGUAUAAGUGUGCAAGUGAACAAAGAUAACAGAAUGUUCUUGCUGCAGAAGAUAAUAUUGUAAUAUUAGAAUUCAUAUUUUGGUACUCAUCAAGCACAAAAUGUGUAUUGGUGUUGUUAAGCACAGACGUAUAAAAAAAAACUUGGACUUGUAACGCCUUUGUAUGAAAUAGAAGCCAACCAUUGGCCAUUUUAAUGAGCCAAAUACAAAUGCGUGGGUUGGCUCACUUCUAUUGAUGCCAGAAAGAAGAAAGGCGGGCAUUGUUGGGAAAGCUUUGUAUUCUCAGUAAAAUGGCCGCUAGUGGAUUCAAUGAUCUCUAUAAGCUGAUUAAGAGCAUUACAAGUCCAGAUUUUUUUAUACAUGUCCGUGUUGUUAAGCACAAAAUGUGAAUCAUUGUUGUUAAAAUGUGUGAGUUUUAUCUUCAAUUUGCAAGUGAGUUUCUUUUAUCAAUGAAAAGAGGGUAAGUGUGAAUGCAUGUGAGAAAUAAUUAUGAAAUAUCUUAUCUGAAUGCUGGGGUAGUUCUUUUUGAAGGAAUAAAAUUGUCCAAUUUAUGAAUUA